CCAAGUAGUGGAGAGGCAAUGUGUGGUGGGAAUGGCUUGACAAAGAUUUUGGGGGCUUGAGGGCCUGUGAACGUGAAUUGGAGUCCACAUGACCAAUACUAUGAACCCCAACUCUCCACAUCUCUCUCCCUCACCUUCACUGACAGUGAAACUCUGUGUGAAGACAAUGGUGGGUUGUCAAAAAUGAUGAAGGGUAGGAGUUUGGUCUGCUUUCAUGGCCUGUCAUUGUGCUUUUCCAUUCUCACCAUCACCGCAGAGGGACUGUUUCUCCAUGACCCACACCAGCCUCAAACCUUCCAGAGCAUCCAAACCCGUUGUUCUCUCUUCCAUUGGCAGCACUAAAGCCUCCUACAAUGCCCUGGUUUUUGAGGCUGCUAGGCUUUUGGGUCCUCCAGCAAAAUUUGACGCUUCAAAGCUGAAAGUUGUGCCCAUGGGAGAAGAAAUUGAUAAUUACUCUGGAAUCAGCCCAAGAGUAUACACCCUCUCCCACUGUGACUUUACAGCUAAUCUAACCUUAACCAUAUCCAAUAUCAUCAGCCUUGAUCAGUUGAAAGGGUGGUACAACAAGGAUGAUGUGGUUGCUGAGUGGAAGGAAGUAAAGGGGGAAAAGUGUCUUCAUGUUCACUGUUAUUUGAGUGGCCCAAGCCUCUUUCUUGACUUGGCAGCUGAAUUCAGAUACCACAUAUUCUCCAAGGAAUUGCCUCUGGUGCUUAAAGCUGUGUUACAUGGGGAUUCUGUGUUCUUCAGAGAACAUCCAGAGCUAAUGGAUGCAAUAGUUCGGGUCUAUUUCCACUCCAGCUCAACUAAGUACAAUUGUAUGGAAUGUUGGGGGCCACUGAAGGAUGCUGCACAGGGAAGACAGGGAGAUCACACCCAUGGUUCGUUAACAGCAAGUAAGGAGGGUUCUCGUCCUCAAAAUUGGGGAAACCCGAAAUCCAUCUUCCAAGCUUUCUUCACGUUCCUUCUUUGAGUUGGGUUGCCAGCAAAAUAAUCUCGAAGGCAACAUUGAUCAUCAAUCUGAAGUACUGCAACUAUUGGGUGUCAAGGCCUAAGAAGGAUUUAGCUUUCAUGAGAAAUACACCAGGAGGCCCUUUAAUUAAUGGGAAUCCUCAGAAGCCAGAAAUCUCAUUUUGCAGAAAAGGAAAUGUUUGUUUUAGGAAUCAUUUGAUUCUUUUGCAUUCACAUUUCUUUGAAUGCAAUUCUUGUGGUACUGAGUCCAUUUGUUCAUUCCUUAUUGAUUUAUCAAUGGCUGGUGUCUGUUGCUUUGUAUAUCCUUUUAUUUAUCAAUGGCUCUUGCCUUUCAUGCUUUGUGUAUAUAUUUGUGGCUUGUCUGGCAUAUUAUGUGACUAUAGAUGGGAUGAGUCCAAUGGCAGCUCUUGACUUGA